CUACCCGCAGCCAGCAACAAGUUUCCUACCAGUCGAGGUCCGGGAGGCUCCAAGAUAACACCCACCGAGCAAAGAGAGAAAGAGACAGACACUUGUUCCCGCGCGCUCCUCCGAGCUGCAUUGGAUAGGCCGAGUCUCUUUCGGGAAAUUCAUAGAUCAACUAGUCUCUGAAACAAUCGAUUUGAACUGUUAAUCUUAAAGGAAGAAUUUUGUGUAUGUGAACCAGUGGUUUUAAGAAUAUGACGAGAAGUGAUACUAAUUCUCGUAAUUUCUGUUGAAGUGGAAAAGUAUAUUUACAACCGUUUUCAAACAAUGUUUCAAAGUGGAUUUAGAGUUCGUUAGAAAUAUUCGAUCCUGCUUUAAAAAUUUAAGUACCGUUUAACCCAAGGCUAAACGAUAAGUGACACUAAGAUGCUAUAAACUCUAUAAUGAACCACAUACUAUUUUAAAACGAAGUGUUAAUAGAAAUAAAAUAUCUAAUUUUCGAUAAUGGCUCAACCCUGCUAUUAUAAAAACUGAAACAUAAGCACUCUCUUGCAUUAAAACUUACAGCUUUCGAAGAAUGACGAUACCAAGAGAAAAGGCAAUAUAAAUAUUAACAUAGCAAUGACAAGUCUGUUGCCAUAAAGAGGGGAAAUUUGAGUGAGGUGCAGAGAUGCAUGGCACGACCACUUGGAGGUGCUUUUGAGAAACCAGACCAAUUACAGAGUGAGAGAACGAUGUUCUCUUCGUUCAAUGCACGAUGCUCUUUUGUUUUUAGAGUCUGAAGACCGGUAGGUGGAACUCAUCACGAAAACUUUCAACGAAAAGGGUAGAAAAAAAAAAACCGGUCGAAAAAUUAUUGGAACUUCAUACUGUGUCUUUCCGGAGACUGGAACGAUCUUUCGAAAGAUGAAUGCCAUGAGGGCUGACGUCAUGGCCCAGGCAAUGAUCGUUCGGGGUCUAAACGUGAUGUUGGUGAUUCUCGUGUCCACUGUCCACUCCCAAAGACAGUGCGGCAUCAGCCGUUACAACCGCCACAGACAACCGCGCCUGGAAGAGUCCAGCGGCUACCCAGUGUUCGAUGGAGGCGCCGGCGGCGGUCUCCUCUACCAAGACUUCACCGGGGACGGCGCCCGCCAAGGCUACCCUUCUGAGAGGUCGCAAAACGAGACCGAGAGGUCGCGCACCAACAACCGGAUGAUGAUUUUUGACGACACCUCGACGGGUAGGAUCGUCGGGGGCAAAGAGAGCACCCCUGGAGCGUGGCCUUGGCAGGUCUCCCUUCAACUGAUCCACCCACGGUGGGGGCGGGUUGGCCACUGGUGCGGAGGCGUCCUAAUCGAUGAUCGCUGGGUCGUCACGGCCGCCCACUGCAUCAACAAUAAGGCGUUCAGUUUCACGCAAACGGCAGCCGUAUGGCAAGUCGUCCUAGGCGAGCACGAUCGCUCCUCUUUGGAUGGCCAGGAGGUCGUCCUUGGGGUCAUCUCUGUAGUCAUUCAUGACGACUUUAACGACUAUCAGAACGACAUCGCUCUACUAAAACUGUCACCAACCUCUGCUAUGGCCUCCCCAUCUCUCACGCCCAUCUGCCUUCCGGACACUGUAGACCUGCACACACACUCCUUUGAAGGCUUCAAGUGUUUUGCCACGGGUUGGGGGACAAGUCCCACUUCCAAACAGUUUCACGCGCGACUGCAGCAGCUAAAGGUGCCCGUUCAACCUCCUGCAACCUGCGCAACAGCUUACAACAUUCCAGAGUUCGGAAACAUCAAGCUCUCGGAUGCCCAUCUGUGCGCAGGCUGGCUGGAUGGCUCGGCUGGAACUUGCGUCGGAGACUCCGGAGGGCCCCUGCAGUGUAACAUGAGGGACGGCCGCUGGUACUUGGCAGGAAUCACCUCUUUCGGUUCAGGCUGCGCCAAGCCAGGCUUCCCGGAUGUGUACACCCGUAUCACUUACUAUUUGCCCUGGAUUAAGCAUCAGAUGAGGAUACACAGGUGAUGGGUAAUUAAGGAAUUACAGCACUGGGACAGAAAUGCAUCGUAGAGGAACAAUCUACUUUGAAAAACGUUUCCCUGUGAUCACUGCCUGUACACAAGUCAAUAGGUCUAACGACCUUCAGACACGGAAAAUCGGGCCUGUAAAAGGCUUAUAUUUCUGUGAUAAGUAUGGAAAAUGGUGAGCUGAAAUUUCAGCAGUUCCUUUAGGUACAAAAGAAGUUAUUUUUUUUAUAUGAAAGUACAACAUCUCAUAUAUAUACAUUGUCAUUCAACCCAAUCCACUGCAACCAUUAUGCACUAGUCAGUUACUUGUAUCACCUGUAGAAUCCUACUGUUAUUUUUGUGUUAGUGUAAGUGUUAUUUUUGUGUUAGUGUAAGUUACUACCACCAGUUAUCAAAUAGUUCCUUUCAAGUCGAACGGGAUGGAGAUAAUCCCAUUUCUCUGUGAUAAAGUUUGAAUGAAACAUUGUGAUGAUUGUUUUGCCUGCAGGCUCAACACGACGGGGGGGAAAAAUAUGCGCGAGUCCACGUGUCACAGCCGUUGCUGUUCAGUCAAGAAACUCUGGGGUGUCAGAGAGAAUAAUUACGGUUCCUUUUGAGAAAAAUUAGAUUUUUGAAAAAUGAGAACAUUUAUUUUAAUUUUUUUCUGAGAAAUGAAUAGGUUAUAAAAGUUUCUAAUUGUAAAUAAUUUUCUUUUUGUUUAUGUACAACUUUUAUUAUGUAAAUCUACUCUUAUGUAUCUCAAGGUUGUAAGUCUUUAAUAAAAAAAAGUAAUUGUUCAAAAACAAUUGUCGUAAAAGAAAAACAUAUUGUGCAAGGACGGUAAAUCUUCCUUUCUCGUCCUUGAAAUUUUCAACAGCCAGCAAAUCCUAUGUAAUGUAAAGCAGAAAAAAAAAUGCUCAUGUACUCGGACAAAGUGGUUGGUGGUUUUAUCCGAGCUAUAGCACUAGUUACUACGCAAGUACACUGCUUAAUGUCCUCGAAAUGCAUUUUCUAUGAACAGCUUUUUAAUUAAGGUAGUACAAAAGUUCAUGAAUUACAGAAUGUAUAAUAAGACAAUACAUUUUCUAACUCACAUCCUUCAGAAUCCGUUCUAUCGUUUCUUAUAAUGGUCAUAAGAAAGAGGCAAAAAAAUCCUGGUUCUUCUAUUUGUAAGAUUUAUCUGCUGUCGUCAAUCAUUUUAAGCAUCCAGAUGAAUCCCUGUUUAGUAUGAGACAUCGGAAUGAUGCUGUUUGAAUGAUUCCUUGACGUAACAAUUUUUCGUCGAAACUUUUUUCUUUUUGUAAAUUUAUACAUCCAUAUAUAUAAAUAUUUUUACAUAGUACUCUCAUGUACAAUAUAGUCUUUGCACAGUAUACGUAUGCUCUAUAAAAGACUACAAUAUGUGGUUAACCCACAACAUAAAAAAUACAUCAGUGUGGGACCGGGUAUUGCUCCUCUCUCGCCAGAGGAGGAUCUUAUGGCUAUCAGCCUCCCCCUCCGAGGAGGGCUCUUAUGGAGUGCUCACCGGCCCCUAAGAGACAGAAACCCUUACAUAUAGGAAGCACAAAUUCAAGUUACAUUGUUUUUGCUAUUCUCAAAGAAGCCUUUUUUGCUCAUAACACUACAGCACAACGGCAUGAAGAAUCCAAGACCCUUUUUCCUCCGGUUCCGCCACAACUAGUGCUAAGCAGAGGACUUGCAUUUUGUAUCAUCACUCAUCACUUUAUUAUACUGUAGCUGUAU